AAUCGUCCAAACUGGAAUUGACCAAUCUACAAUCUCAUUCAUUUACCAUGACCGACGUACUUCCCAUCUCGAGCAGGACUGCCACGUUGGACAGCAAAGUAUCGGAGGCCCGCACACAGCAAGUGCUCACGACUGAGACGAUUACACCUUCAACUGUCGACGAGCUCAUUGAGUUGAGAGCCAACCAAGAUGGAAGAAAUGCUCCCACUAUCGCUUAUCCUGAGCAUGGCACAGCAUUCGUCGAAAGAGCCGCGUCAUGUUAUGCGGCGACCAUCCCUCAGAGACGAACAUCAGAUGAUCCAGUGCAAGUUAUCAGACUUCUAGGCCCCUCCGACUUUAGCUACUUGGUAGCCCUUCUGGCUAUCUCUCGACUAGGUCAUUCAGUUCUGUUGCUCUCAACCAGAAUCACCGAUGAAGCUCAUGAAUCUCUUCUAUCAUCGACAAAGGCCACAGGACUCCUUUACAAUGAAGCUUUCCAGGUCACCGCGUCUGCACUGAUGGCCCAGAAACCUGAUUUGCGAAUCAUCGAGAUUUGCGACAUCGAGUCCCUGCCGGAUGCAACUGCAAACCUCAAGCCUGCAAGACUGGACUCCUCCAGAGAGACUCUCAACAUCUCCUUCAUCAUCCAUUCAAGUGGUUCCACAGGUCUCCCGAAACCGAUUUUCCGAACACACAAAGCCUCUCUAUAUGCUUACCCUCAACAUUUCAACCGGGUCGGUCAUAUUACCCUUCCGCUCUACCACAACCAUGGCAUCUGCCUUCUUNNUUUCAGGGCAAUCUGGGCGGGUAAAAAGAUUUACAAUUACAAUGCCAAGCUGCCGCUCACAUCGCAGCACCUGCUUGCGACGCUCAAGGAGCACCAGGAUAUCAAGAUUCUGUAUGCCGUCCCUUAUGCCCUCAAACUUCUUAGCGAGACCGAGGAGGGCUUACAGCUGCUCAGCGAUCUCGAAAUCGUCAUGUUUGGCGGAUCAGCCUGCCCCAAGCCUAUCGGCGACAGACUUGUUGAUUCCGACGUCAAUCUCGUGGGACACUACGGCGCCACAGAACUCGGGCAGCUCAUGACCUCGUUCCGCAACCACAAGGAAGACAAGGGGUGGGACUGGCUGCGUGCAGGUCCUCAUCUCGAGCCCUAUCUCAGAAUGGAAAACAGAGGUCCCAAUCUUUUCGAGUUGUGCGUCAUGGAAGGCUGGCCUUCAAAAGUGGCGACCAACUGCGAUGAUGGAUCGUAUGCUACCAAAGAUCUUUUCGAACCUCACCCAACCAUUCCAAACGCUUGGCGAUACUAUGCUCGUCUGGAUGAUACCUUGGUACUCGAGAAUGGCGAGAAGGCUAAUCCCUUGAUCGCUGAGGGAGUCAUCCGACAGAGCGAGCAUGUAGCUGAGGCCGUCGUCUUUGGUGCUAACAAACCUGGACUUGGUGCGUUUGUUGUUCCAUCCGCUGCGUCGGCACUCGGAGACGAGGCUUUAAUCGACGUAGUUAUGACCUAUGUCAAUGAAGCAAACAAGGUCGCACCAUCGUUUGCCCAUCUCUCGCGGGAGAUGAUCAAAGUGUUACCAAGCGAUGUUGAGUUCAGGAAGACCGAUAAAGGGACUGUUAUUCGUGCCGCUUUCUAUCGCGAUUUCUCGGCACAGAUUGAUGCCGCGUACGCCGAUGACCAGUCCGGAAAUCUUAACGGUGGACAGAAACAAUCAAAGCUCAGCGUUGAAGAACGUAUGGCAGCCAUAGUUGACAGGUAUGCCCAGUUCGAGCAGCACCAACCUAUUCAAAGACCAGCCGAUGGUGCCUAUAUCGUUGUUACUGGCGCCACAGGCUCGCUGGGUGCACACGCUGUCGCAAUCAUGGCAGCACAGUCAACUACUCGAAAGGUGUAUUGCCUUGUCAGAGCCAAAGACUCGGCAGAUGCAGAGAGAAGGGUGUGGCAAUCCUUGCGCGAGCGACGUCUCUUCCAUACACUCUCCGCAACUGCUCGAGCGAAGAUCAUGGCCUAUUCUUCCAACUUUGCCGAAGAACAACUUGGCCUCGAUUCUCAGCAGUAUGAAGCAGUCUCAAGAGAUAUCACGCAUCUCCUCCACCUUGCAUGGUCGGUCAACUUCAACAAGAGUAUCGAAAGCUUCGAGGUAGACUGCAUUCGUGGCGUACGUAACUUGACCAGACUCUGCUUGCAGGCCAAGAGACCCGAGCCCGCGUCGUUCAACUUCUGCUCUUCAGUUAGCGCCACUGUCCGUACACCUGGUGGCGUCGUACCUGAGGCUGUCGCCGAAUCUUUUGCCUAUGCUCAAGGAAUGGGCUACGCUCAGUCAAAGUCCGUUGCCGAAAGCUUGUGCGAUCGUGCUGCGAAGCAGACCAACAUGAAGUGCCGCGUUCUCAGAGUCGGCCAGAUUAUUGGCGAUACCCGUCACGGUGUUUGGAACGAAACAGAGGCUGUUCCUCUGAUACUCCAAUCUGUAAAGUCGACUGGCACACUUCCUGCUCUGGACGAGAGUCCUGCAUGGCUUCCCGUUGACCUUGUUGCAAAUGCCUGCACCGAAAUUGCUCUUAGCAGUGCUGAUAGUGGAGUCAUGAACAUAGUCAAUCACAGAUCGUUCCACUGGACAAGAGACUUACUGCCACUUCUGAAAGAAGCUGGUCUCUCUUUUGACACUGUCGACCAGCGCGAGUGGAUCAAGCGUCUCCGGGCCUCGAAUCCUGAUCCCGUCGAAAAUCCGUCCAUCAAGCUUGUCGACUUCUUUGCAAGCAAAUACGACAAUGACAACGCGCGAAAGUCUUUGGCUUUUGCAUCCGAUGUUGCCCGGAGUCAUUCGCCGUCUCUCGCAGAUGCCGGUGUUAUUGACGUCGACAUUAUACAAAAGAUUGUCAAUUACCUCGAGGGGAGAUACACAUCGCAGGUGGAUUCUGAACCACUGGGCACUGCGUACGUAAUCGGAGGCCCUUGUGGCACUGGCAAGUCUUCCCUAGCCGAGAGACUGUCAAAGACACUGUCACUGCCUGUCAUUGAGGGUGACGAGCUACAUUCCAUCGCAGCUCGCGUGCAGAUGAGUAACAAGAUCCCGCUCGGAGACGCAGAGCGCAUGAACUGGUUAGCUCACCUUCGAGGUGCCGCUAUAUACUCCCUUACGACUUCCAAAGCCUCGGGAGUGCUCGUCACAUGUUCAGCAUUGAAGGCAACCUACCGCGAUGAGCUGAGGAAGCUCAAUGAGCUCGCAGGCAUCAAGAUUGUGUUUUUGUUGCUGACAACAAAUGACAAAGACGCCAUCAAGGACCGUAUGAGUAAGCGAGAAGGGCACUACAUGGAUCCGUGUAUGGUUGAUACGCAAAUGGCAACUUUUGAGGAUGUACUGGAUUAUGAGGUUGACUGUGUUCAGCUCGACGCCAUGCAGGAAUUGGAUCAUGUUGUGGCUCAGGCAUUGUGUAUGAAAGAUCUA